CACACACACACACAAAGAAACAUAUUUUAAUUCAAAAAGGUCUGUCGGGUCGAAGCGAAAACAACCUUCCACCGAGCAGAGUAAAUGAAGAAGAUGCGGAAAACGUCGGAAAAGCAGCUUAUUGAAGGAGCUGUCGACGGUUGAAGGUUUGUAGCUUUGCUAGCUAAUCCGGAGCUGACUGCUGGACUUCAAGCUGAACCGAGUUCACUUCUGGAAACUCACAGCGGCAAAUAACCCGAAUUUCUGUAAAGAGCACAUGGCCCUCAUCCUGCUGACAGACAUGGACCCCCUCUCUUCCAGUCCAACAACACUUGAUGGUGGCCCCCUCUCAGAACCAGACUUACCAACUGAACACGACGCCAAGCAGGAAACAAAGGCCGUGACUUUAACCGUCCACCUUUACCACCUGGGGAAGAUUCAAGGAGGGCAUAGCUGUUCAGAAGACACCCUCACAUUUCCACCUGGAGAUUAUGUAGCAGAGGAACUGUGCAUUGCUGCUGCCAAAGCUUGUGGGAUCAGUCCAGUUUACUGCAGCUUGUUUUGCCUGAUGAGGGAAAGUGACCGAAUCUGUUUUCCUCCUAAUCACAUCUUUAAGCUACAUAACUCGGCCACUGAACGCCUGCACUUCAGAAUCAGAUACUAUUUCCCAGGCUGGUAUAACAGCGGCAGCUCAUUCUACGCCCAUCGUUACGGUUUGUCCAAAGAUAUGGAAAGCCCAGUAAUGGAUGAUUGUGUCAUGACCUACCUGUUUGCUCAGUGGCGCAGUGACUUUUUAAACGGCUGGGUUCAUAUUCCAGUCAACCAUGAAGCUCAGGAGGAGUGUCUGGGUUUGGCCGUCCUCGACAUGAUGAGGCUCGCUAAAGAGAGCGGCCAGUCACCAGUGGACAUCUACCAUGAUAACAGCUACAAGUCCUUCCUGCCCAAAUGCAUGCGGAACCGCAUCCAAGAGUACAACCUGCUGACCCGGAAGAGAAUCCGUUACCGCUUCCGACGGUUCAUCCAGCAGUUCAGUGAGUGCAAGGCCACUGUUUGCAACCUGAAGCUCAAAUAUCUGAUGAGCCUGGAGAUGCUGCUGCCCUCUCUGUACUGUGAGCGCUUCAGAGUGACCGACCUCUCCUCACGAGAGAUUACCAUCGUGGUGAAGGGCAACGAGGGCAUACUUUGGUCUAAAGAAAGUGGUGAGGGGGGGGCAGAGGAGGAGCUGGAGACAUACUGUGAUUUCCCAGAGAUGAUCGACAUCAGCAUCAAACAGGGCAACAAGGAAGGCUCUGCAGAAAGUCGCAUUGUUUCCCUCACCAGACAGGACAAUCAGAUCCUGGAGCUGGAGUUCCAUUCCCUCUCUGAGGCCCUGUCCUUCGUGUCGUUGGUGGAUGGAUAUUACCGUCUGGUUGCCGAUGCGCAUCAUUACCUGUGUAAAGAAGUAGCUCCGCCAAGACUUCUGGAGUGCAUUCAGAGUUUCUGCCACGGCCCUGUAUCGAUGGAGUUUACAAUUAGUAAGCUGCGUCGUUCAGGCAACUACCAAGGCCUCUACAUCCUUCGCUGCAGCCCCAGAGACUAUGACAAGUUCUUCAUGUCCUUUGUUGUUGGGUAUGAAACCAUGGUGGACUAUAAGCACUGUCAGAUCGUGAAGACGGAGUCAGGAGAGUUUAUCCUGAGCGGUGCCAAAAAAAGCUUUGGUUCCCUUAAAGAACUCAUGCAUUGCUACCAAAAGGAGGCGCUACGCACCGAUGGGUACACGUUCCAGCUAAUUAGGUGCUGUCCACCCAGCCAGAGAGAUAAAUCCAACCUGCUGGUGUGCAGAAACAACCAGGGCACAGAAGUCGCUCUGUCACCAUCGCUCCACAAACACAUCAGUCAGAUGGUUUUCCACAAAAUCCGCAAAGAGGACCUUAUUUUUAAUGAAAGCCUGGGCCAAGGAACGUUCACAAAGCUGUUCCGCGGAGUGAGAAAGGAGGUGGGGAACUACGGGGAGGUUCACCAGAUGGAGGUUGCAGUCAAGGUUCUUGACAAAGGCCAUCGCAUUUUUUCAGAGUCGUUCUUUGAGGCAGCCAGCAUGAUGAGCCAGCUCUCCCACAAACACUUACUCCUCAUUUGUGGUGUGUGUGUUUGUGGUGAUGAAAACAUGAUGGUGCAGGAAUAUGGGAAAUUUGGCUCCCUGGAUACUUAUCUGAAAAAGAAGAAGAACUGUGUUAACAUCACCUGGAAGCUAGAAGUGGCUAAACAGUUAGCCUGGGCCAUGCACUAUCUGGAGGAUAAAAACGUUGUGCACGGGAAUGUUUGUGCCAAAAAUAUUCUCUUGAUCAGAGAGGAGGACCGGAAGACAGGCAGCCUGCCUUUCAUCAAGCUCAGUGACCCCGGUAUCAGCAUCACUGUGCUGCCCAAAGAAGUUUUGGUGGAGCGUAUCCCAUGGGUGCCCCCUGAGUGCAUUGAAAGCCCACAGAAUCUGAGUUUAGCAGCAGACAAGUGGGGCUUCGGGACCACAAUUUGGGAGAUUUGCAGCGGGGGAGAAAAACCCCUCUGCACGCUGGACUCCUCAAAGAAGAACCUGUUCUAUGAGGACAGACACCAGCUGCCGGCUCCAAAGUGGACGGAAUUGGCCAACCUGAUAAACAGCUGCAUGGACUACGAGCCUUUACACAGACCCUCCUUCAGAGCGAUCAUCAGAGACCUCAACAGUCUUUUCACUCCAGAUUAUGAGCUGCUGGUGGAGAGCGACAUGGUACCCAACAGGACCCGAGGCUUUGGCUUCCCUUGGGCCUCAGUGAGCCAGGAGCCGGCCCAGUUUGAGGAGAGACACUUGAUCUUUCUCAAGCAGCUGGGAAAAGGCAACUUUGGCAGCGUAGAGAUGUGCAGGUAUGACCCCCUGCAGGACAACACAGGGGAUGUGGUGGCUGUGAAGAAACUGCAGCACAGCACAGCGGAGCAUCUUCGGGACUUUGAGCGGGAAAUUGAAAUUCUUAAAUCGCUUCACCAUGAAAACAUCGUUAAAUAUAAAGGAGUGUGCUACAGCGCAGGCAGAAGAAACCUCCGUCUCAUCAUGGAGUAUCUCCCCUUUGGCAGCUUGAGAGACUAUCUCAUGAAACACAAGGAUCACAUUGAUUCCAAGAAACUGCUGCACUACGCAUCACAGAUAUGCAAGGGCAUGGACUACCUUGGCAGUAAGCGUUACAUACACAGAGACCUGGCCACCAGGAAUAUUCUGGUGGAGAGCGAGAUGAGGGUGAAGAUCGGGGAUUUUGGCCUUACCAAGGUCCUGCCCCAGGACAAAGAAUACUACACCGUGAGGGAGCCUGGGGAGAGCCCCAUCUUCUGGUAUGCUCCUGAGUCGCUGACAGAGAGCAAGUUCUCUGUAGCAUCAGAUGUUUGGAGCUUCGGUGUCGUCCUGUAUGAGCUUUUUACCUACAGUGACAAGAACUGCAGCCCUCCAGCGGUUUUCAUGGAGAAGAUGGGGAAUGAAAAGCAAGGCCAGAUGAUCGUCUACCAUUUGAUCGACCUGCUGAAACAAGGAUACAGACUGCCUGCUCCUGAAAACUGCCCAAAGGAGAUGCACAAGAUCAUGAUGGAGUGCUGGAGCAGUGACCCCAAACUGCGGCCUACAUUCAAGGCAUUAAUCGAGCAGGUGGAGACGGUGCAAAACUGCAUGGAUGGAUAAGACACAGUGAACUUUUGACCUGCCGGUCAGUCGUUACACAAUAAGGAUUUCCGGUAAAGUUUAGGCAGUGGUCAUUAAUACCCGUAGCAGUUCAACCGCUUUAUAAGCAAACAAAAGAAAAGG